AGUGAGCAGCCAGUGAAGCAUCCAGCCUGCCGAACAAGCUUGCUUUUAGGGUCAGGAACUGGUCUGACAAGAGAAUGGCAAUCCUGCCUUUAAACUGUCACUAGGACUGUACGGCUGACGAUGAACCUACCUGAGCUCCGGGCUCAAAGGCUGAACACUGAGCAAGAGAAUGUGAAGACAUAUUUCAGGACAUUGUGAGUGCUUCUAAAGAUGUCUGAUAGUGUUGAUAUUGAAGAGAAACCACCAGCCCCCCCCUUGAGAAUGAACAGUAGUUCCCGAGACUCUUCACUGAAUCACGCCACUAAACCGCUUCCAAUGGCUCCUGAAGAGAAAAACAAGAAAGUCCGCCUGCGCUCCAUCUUCCCCGGGGGAGACAAGACAAACAAGAAGAAGGAGAAGGAGCGUCCUGAGAUAUCCCUCCCCUCAGACUUUGAACACACCAUUCAUGUUGGCUUUGAUGCUAUAACGGGAGAAUUCACAGGUAUCCCGGAGCAAUGGGCCCGGCUCCUGCAGACCUCGAACAUCACCAAACUGGAGCAGAAGAAGAACCCGCAGGCCGUGCUGGACGUCCUGAAGUUCUACGACUCCAAAGAAACCGUCAACAACCAGAAGUACAUGAGCUUCACAUCGGGAGACAAGUCGGCACAUGGGUACAUCGCAGCAAACACUCUGACUUUGAACUACCCAUAGAAAAGCUCCAGUGGAUGCUCAGCUGCAUCUAGAAGGCCCCCCCCUGCUGUGCUGACCUCAUUCCCGCCUCUGACCAGAGUAAUCUAUGCUUUGAAUGCCUCGGCCUGUGCACGCUCAGCCGGGUGAAGAAGUGGAUCCAAGUCUGUUCAGUGAGACUCGCUGCCCCAGGCAAACUGCAAUGGGAUCACUUAAUGCAGGCCCAUUGCUGGAAAGAGCUUGGACAGUGAAGGCCGAGCGGGUGUGGCAGUGAUACUGAAGGGUUGUGUGAGCCCACUGAGGGCAUUUGACAGCAUCUCAGCCUCAGACUGUGACUGCGCUCCUCAGCCUGCAGAGGUGACUCAGCUCUUGGCUUCAGUGCCACAGAUUUCAUCCUCACUUUGUUCCGCACUGUCUCAGGCAAGCAGAAAGAACAGGAAAGGUGCCAAUAUUUGUUCAAGCAAAC